AUGGACUCCACCACUGUCCCGCUGCACUGGUUCCCGCAACUAGCGAGCCUGCUGACUCCUUACUCGGCAUUAGCCGUUGUCGUGGUUCUCGUCACAAUCCUCCCCAUGGUCAUGGACCGGGCCACCCCAGAGAUUUCUAUACCUAAAGUCACGAGCUCAAAUUCGUGGUUCGCAAGCAGGCAGGACUUCGCCGCGCAUGGCGUUGAGAUCAUCGAGAAAGGUUUCAAACAGGUUAAGAGUGGUGUAUUUCGGGUGACCGCUCUCGAUGGCUCCGAUUUGGUUUUGAUUGCACCAGAACAUUGGCUUGCAAUAUGCAAGAAGAAGGACGAGGAGGUUGCGCCCGCUCGCAAGGAGUUCUUCCUUUGCGAUUUGCACGGCGCACCAUUCGAAGAACCAUUCCUCUAUCGCUACCUUGCUUCGCGCAUGCCAGGAUUCGACCGUUAUCUCGACGUCAUAUCUACAGCGUUGGAUGAGGGUAUAUCUAGUUCUUCGAAAGCAUCCAAGCGAGUUAUCAUGCAGCCGCAGAUUCUUCACAUCUAUUCACAUGUUAUAUGGAGGGUCAUUCUAGGGGACAGAUUCAAGUCUGAGGUGGUCGACAUCUUCAAAAAGUACUCCGCAACACUAAUCCCCGUGAUGAAAACACUCAAGGCCCAACGACCCAUGAUGGCUCGAAUCUCCGCCGCCUUUUCGAAGGACGUCCGCCAAGUCAACUUGCAGCUUGAACAAGCCGCUGCGUUCUUUACACCCCUAUUGGAGCAAUGCGUACAUGCCCUCGAGGAGGGACUACCGAAGAGCCCCAUAGACAAUGAUUGGCUUGAGGAGUUGACUCGCAUGGCGCCCGCCGAGAAGCGACGCGACUACAAGUACCUCACUAAUAUUCUCAUCGGCUUCGCCUUCACAUUUGUGUUCUCGCCGGGACCAUCGACUACGCAAGUUGUGUACGAGUUCGCCUUCCGUCCUGACUACGUCGACCUCGUGCUUAAGGAGGCAUAUGAUAUCCUUGGGGAACGCCCUGCGCAUUGGGGGUUCUCGCGAGACAACCUUCACGGACUGUCCUUGUUGGACAGCUUCUGUAAGGAGACACACAAACACCAUCCAACCGCUGCUUCCAAUCUGAUGAAGAAGAUCCAUAAGACUCAAACACUCCCCAAUGGAGUAGUUUUACCAGCGGGCACGAUAUUCGAGGUGGUCAUGGCGGCUGCUCACCUGUCCAACCCGAAACUCGAAAAUCCCUCUAAGUGGAACGGACGCCGGUACCACGACCUGCGGCAGCAAAUGACGACAACGAUCGGUGCCAACAAGUAUGACUGGGGCUCGGCGACAAAGGACGACGUGAACUUUGGCUAUGCCUCACAUAUGUGUCCUGGUCGUUGGGCCGGCUGCUCCAUCGCCAAGAUGUUUCUCAUUAAGCUCUUGGCCAAUUAUCAGAUCAGUCCCGAGGAAGGGGAGACUGAGAGAUAUCAGGACCUUCACUCUGGCCAAUAUAUUCUGCCAAACCCAACAAAACACAUCAUUGUCGAGCGGAGACCACGGCAAUGA